UCACUAUUUUGUCACACCGCCCUCACCUCCUCCUUCAACAACACCACCACCUCUAGCGCUAGCUCUAGCCCUCUGUCAUAUUUGAUCUUUCUCGACCAUCGGAUACAUAGUAAAAAUGGUGACCGUCGAGGAAGUUCGCAAGGCUCAGAGGGCUGAGGGUCCGGCCACUGUUUUUGCCAUUGGGACUGCAACUCCUCCCAAUUGUGUAGACCAAGCCACAUACCCCGACUACUACUUUCGUAUCACCAACAGCGAGCACAAGGCUGAGCUCAAAGAAAAAUUCCAGCGCAUGUGUGACAAAUCCAUGAUCAAGAAGCGUUACAUGUACUUGACUGAAGAAAUUUUGAAAGAGAAUCCAAGUGUGUGCGAGUACGUGGCACCCUCACUCGAUGCUCGGCAGGACAUGGUGGUUGUUGAAGUCCCAAGGCUUGGCAAAGAGGCUGCCACCAAGGCCAUCAAGGAAUGGGGACAGCCCAAGUCCAAAAUCACCCACUUGGUCUUUUGCACCACCAGCGGUGUCGACAUGCCUGGCGCUGACUAUCAGCUCACCAAGCUCUUGGGCCUCCGCCCCUCCGUCAAGCGCCUCAUGAUGUACCAACAAGGCUGUUUUGCUGGAGGCACAGUUCUCCGUUUGGCCAAGGACUUGGCCGAAAACAACAAGGGUGCACGUGUUCUUGUUGUGUGCUCUGAGAUCACUGCGGUCACCUUCCGCGGGCCUAGUGACACCCACCUUGAUAGUCUUGUGGGUCAAGCCUUGUUUGGUGAUGGUGCAGCGGCCGUCAUCAUUGGUGCGGAUCCAGUGCCCGAAGUUGAGAAGCCCUUGUUUGAAUUGGUCUCGGCGGCGCAAACCAUUCUCCCCGACAGUGAUGGGGCAAUUGACGGACAUCUUCGUGAAGUCGGGCUUACAUUUCACCUUCUGAAGGACGUUCCUGGGCUUAUUUCGAAGAACAUCGAAAAAAGCCUUAAUGAGGCCUUCAAGCCUAUAGGCAUUUCGGACUGGAACUCGCUUUUCUGGAUUGCACACCCAGGUGGCCCUGCUAUUCUGGACCAAGUAGAGGCCAAGUUGGCACUUAAGCCGGAGAAACUAGAGGCCACAAGGCAAGUGCUAUCCGAUUACGGCAACAUGUCGAGUGCGUGUGUUUUGUUUAUUUUGGACGAGGUGAGGAGGAAGUCGGCCGAGAAAGGACUCAAGACAAGCGGAGAGGGACUGGAGUGGGGAGUGCUGUUCGGAUUCGGCCCAGGCCUCACCGUCGAGACAGUCGUGCUUCACAGCGUGGUGGCUGCUUGAAGACUUUGAAGGCAUCAAAUGAUCAUUUGUACUGUGUUCCUAAAUGUAAUGUGUGAACCUUAAUUUCUUUCUAGUAUUUUUAGCUAGUUUUUGGGUUUUGGGUUUUGGAAUUUGUUUAUUUUGAAGCGUCUGUUGGUAUCAUGGGGUAAACCUUGAUGCAAUGGCUAUGUGGUGUAAUAAUGUUGAAUAAUAUAUGGUUCCAUCUCUAA